AUGUCCUAUAAUAAGUUCCAGAGAGCAUUCAUUCAGGCGACUCUUUGCGCCAUACGGAUUAUCAGAAAAGUUCCUGAUAUUUCUGACAACUUUACUAAUUAUGCCGCUUCUUUACUCAAAGAAAAGCAUCAUGGUGAAGAUGCAAAUUUCUUACAUUUACACAUGCUGUUCUCAUUUCACCUUUGUACAGAAAUAUGUAUAGUCAGUUGCGAAGCCCUUGAAUAUUUCCGGAAGAAAUGCACAGAGGGCUUGGUUAAAACCCUGAGGGGUAUUGCAAACAGUCUAUAUUCGCCUGCCUAUGAUGUAGCUGGAAUUACCGAUCCAUUUCUUCACGUCAGAUUGCUCAUACUGUUGCGUAUUUUGGGCCGAGGGGAUGCAGAGGCCAGUGACCUUAUGAAUGAUAUACUUGCUCAGGUGGCAUCUAAAACCGAGUCAAACAAAAAUGCAGGCAACGCUAUCCCAUAUGAAUGCGUUCAAACGAUAAUGAGCAUCGAAGAAAAUGGUGGUUUACGUGUCCUUGCAAUCAAUAUCUUGGGAAAAUUCUUGUCCAACUGAGAUAAUAACAUCAGAUACGUAGCAUUAAAUAUGCUGAUGAGAGCCUUAACCGUUGAUUCCAUAGCGGUUCAGAGACACAGAGCUACAAUACUGGAGUGUGUUAAGGAUUCAGUUGCUUCAAUUCAGAGAAGGGCACUUGAACUUAUUAACCUUUUGAUGAAUGUGAAUAACGUGAAGCCACUAGCAAAGGAGCUAAUAGAAUAUUUGGAAUUAAGCGAACAAGAUUUUACGGGCGAUCUUACUGCAAAGAUAUAUUCCAUUGUAGAGAAGUUUGCUCCUGAGAAAAUCUGGUACAUUGAUCAAAUGCUAAAGGUUCUAUCUGAGGCUGGUAAUUAUGUGAAAGAUGAUGUAUGGCACGUGCUGAUUGUUGUUAUAUCAAAUGCUCCUGAUCUCCAUGGGUACACUGUCAGGGCUUUGUACAGAGCAUUACAUACAUCUUCUGAACAGGAAACCAUUGAGCGGGUUGCAAUAUGGUGCAUAGGAGAAUAUGCUGAUCUCUUGGUUAACGAUAAUGGAAUGCUUGAACUAGAAGAACCAAUUACGGUAACAGAAUCAGAUGCAGUGGAUGUUUUCGAGACUGCUGUUAAGCAUCAUUCAUCAGAUGUCACAACUAAGGCAAUGGCACUCAUUGCUUUGUUAAAGAUAUCAUCUCGUUUCCCUUCUUGUUCAGAGAGGGUUAAAAGUAUUAUAGGACAGAACAAAGGUAGCUUUGUCUUGGAACUGCGACAAAGAUCUAUGGAGUUCAGUUCAGUUGUUAUCCAAAAGCAUCAGAACAUAAGAUCUUUUCUGGUUGAAAAAAUGCCGGUCCUUGAUGAGGCAACAUUUAGUGGAAGGAGAGCUGGUUCUUUACCAAUAGCUGUGUCAACUUCCGGAAAGUCUUCACUUAGUAUUCCGAACGGUGUUGUUAAAGCUGCAGCUCCUCUUGUAGAUUUACUCGACCUGAGUUCUGAUGAUGCUCCUGCCCCUACCUCCUUCAAAACUCAUGAUGUUACGGAUGCGGGUAGGUUAGGUUACAAGAUUGACGGUAAAGAUGUGUUGGAGGAAGGACAAAUCAACAAUUUCCCUCGUGAGUUAUGA